CAUCGUGCAGCAGAGUAUAGUGCAGCAGCACCAGUUGAACCUGGCGCACCAGUCGCUGCAGAACCUGCAGGCGCAACAGAGUUUGCAAGCGGCUCAGCAGAGUCUGCAAGCGGCGCAGAGCCUGCAGGGAGUGCAAGCGCUGCAGGGGCAGAGUCCCACGGCGACGGGCGGCGCGGGAGUGCCGCAGACAGCGGCCACGCAGGGCGCGCUGGUGCCCCCUCAGCAGUCAUCGCCGCGGGCCGCCUCGCCGCAGCACAAGAACAUGGAGCUCGCGCUCUGUCAAAGCAUGGACUCCGUCAACACCGCCACCACUGAGGAAGAGGUGCGGACACUAUUCGUCAGCGGGCUACCCAUGGAUGCAAAACCACGCGAGCUUUAUCUACUAUUUCGAGCAUAUGAGGGUUAUGAAGGUUCGCUAUUAAAAGUGACAAGCAAGAACGGAAAAACGGCAUCGCCGGUCGGAUUCGUCACGUUUCACACUCGAGCCGGCGCGGAGGCAGCUAAACAGGACCUUCAGCAGGGCGUCCGAUUCGACCCCGACAUGCCGCAAACGAUUCGGCUGGAGUUCGCUAAAAGCAACACGAAGGUCAGCAAGCCGAAGCCGGCAGUUGCCACCGCCGCGCCAGCUGCACACCCUGCAUUGAUGCACCCACUCACUGGACACUUAGCGAGUCCGUUCUUCCCCGGUGGCGGCGAGCUGUGGCACCACCCGCUGGCUUACGGCGGGGAGCUGCCGGCGCUGUCCCACGGGCUCGUGCACCCGGCCAUACAUCCGCAGAUGGCGCCUGUGCGCUCUUACCUCUGACUAGCUGCCGCCGAUAGGCCACACCACACCCCCCUGACGCUGGGCGCCUGCGUCCUGCCUGCGCCUGCGCUGGGUUCGCCGGGCGCCGCCGUGCCGUCGCACGCGCAGCCCCCCGCGCACCCGGCCCACCCCGCGCACCCCGCGCCCCCCUGCUCCACGCUGUUCGUCGCUAACCUAGGGCAGUUCGUCUCCGAACAUGAGCUUAAGGAGAUAUUCAGCAGGGAGCCAAAGGCGGAGAAGAGAGCGAACAGCAUUAGCUCAUUCGUUGCUCUCGGCACUUGACAACCAGCGAACUGAGGGGCGCGCAAUCUUGAUCCUCGACGCAUCGGAACCGCCGGAGAUGGAGCCUACUGCUACGACCAAUGUCAAUACUACGGCUGCUAGGAUCAAGAUUCAACCAACUACUUCUCGUGGGCUAUACAGAACGAAACACACGAUAACUAUCAUUUCGUGUUAACAUCACAAAUCUCGGUAGCCUACUCAUAGACAGCAAUGCUCUCAUCUCCUUCCAACAUUAUUGUUUUCCGAUCCAGCGUCAAGAGUGUGGUGUCUUAAUUUAUACCAAAAUUAGCACAAAGGGUUAUUUUAUUGCAUUAAUAUAACAUUCCAGUUUUAUUGUUCACCGUUCAUAAUAAUAAACAUGUUUAUAAUUAUUAAUUUAAAUAAGUUCUUGAUGUAAACUUUAUUGUUUAUUUAUUGUCGAUAUUUUAUUUUAAAUGUGUAUAAUAAGAUUUAUUUACAACUUAUUGCGAUUCGUUUCUACAAGACCGAUGCAAACAGCUGAGAGGAUUUAUAAUUAUAGUGUAAUAACAGAAAUUAAACAUUUUAGGAUAAAUCUCAUUCGAAUAAGCUAAAAACCAAAGGUGCCCUUCAUAGAAAGAUUACGUUUUGUUAAAUAAUAUUUCAAGUUAAAUGAUUUAAAAUGAAGUUGUAUGUAAUAAAUACGAUGCUUUUGUUUUAGCCUCAAUAAUGUUAGCGUAUUUAAAUGAAUUUCAUAACUAUUUCAAAUUAUAUUUAUCUAAUACUUUCUUAGUAAUUUUUAUAUUGUUCAAUCACUCGUUAAAGCGCUGGCACUCUAGUGUUGGUCUUACGGUCCCUUCUUUCUGUAUAUGGAAUUAUCGGAAUAAUUAUAAAGAUUGAGUAUACUCGACGCGACUGGACAGGGACGCCCCUUGGUGCCGCUUGCUGUGGAGUGCGACUCGCUGCCGCGCCGCCGCCGCGCCGCGCCGCCGCCGCCACGCACCCGCGCCGCCGCCGCUCCUCUCCCUCCCGGCCCGUCUGUUCUCUACCCGUGUCACACACGAACAUUCCUUUCUAUGUGCCUUGCCUACGAUUCCCUAAUCCUUCAAACUUUUUAAUAUUUUUACACUUCAAAUUCUUGUUUGUGAGUUGGGCUAAAGGGAAACGGGAAACAGCAGUAAAGCGGGGCGCGGCGCGGCCGGCCGACGUCGGUUCAGUCUUGUUGCGAGAAUUUAGCCUUGGCCUUAUGAGAGUUAAAUAACUUAAUGUAAUCAUUAUACCUAUUAAUUAAUUGUAAUAAUAUAUUAGUUGGCGCCGCGACGGUGCGCCGACGCCGAAUAGUGAAACAAUUACUCUAUCUGCAUGCUUUGACGAGCUUUUUGGUAAUAAUCUAAUUUUAAAUUUAGUAGUUACUUUAAUUGUGUAAUCGUUAGGUCGAUACCAUAAAUUUAGAUAAGGGUAUUUAUUGUAGAGAAUCGACAUAGUUACAUUACUAUUUAAUGAAAGUUAUUCAUACAUAAUAAUGAAACAAUGUAAUGAAUUUUAAAUUUACUGAAAUGUAAGGGUUAAUCAAAUGGAAGAUUAAUAUAUUUUUUAUUUUUAGCUAGUUGACUAUCGCAUACAGAAUACUAGUUACCUACUGGAUGUAUCGCCGGAGCCCUCUCCGAGCGCACGGCAGUGCGAGAUAGCAAUAAACCAAAAAUAAAAUCUUAAAUGUUAUUUAGGUACCUAUUAGUGACAUAUUCUGCUGAUGUAAACAUGUAAAAAUUAUAUAAAAAAGUAAAAAAAUCCCUGCUUAGGCUAUUGUAAUAAGAUAUUGGAAUAUUGUUUUGUUGACGUUGACGCGACGGAAAUGGACGAUUCACGCCGCCGCCGCCGCCAGCGCGCGCGGCGCGGCGGGCGGAGUUCCGCAUGUGAAUUCUUAUGAAAAUUUCUUAGUCAAUAUUUAAUAGAAACCUUGUCAAUUUUUGACUUAGCAAAAUUUUAUACGUUGUUUAUAGUGACUGUAACUUCACAAUGUACCGAGCGUCGUGACGUAUAGACCAAAGAUAAAGGAUAUACAUAAUUUUAAUACUAACCUCAGACCGUACCAAAUUUGUAUUUUAUAGACAAUCCUGUACUGGCAAUAACUUUUUGCAACGUCGAGGACAUGCGUCUUACGAGGAGUUUGGUUGGACGAUAAAAAAAAUAUCGUGUGGCUAUCAGAUCAGACAUAAAAUAAUAAUCAAUCUUUGACAAAAUCUCGAAUUCUUUAAUAUAUUUAUUCGUAAUAAAUUCAUUGUCGGUUUUAAUGAUUAAGCUAAGUCAAUGUUUACUUAUUUAUUUCGAUUAAUGCUAAUUCGUAAGUAAUUAUGUAAUAAAUAAUGUAGUGAUCUCCCAUACCUUCGGCGGUCGGCGGUCUCGAGAACAGACUUAAAAAUACAACGAAAAGUUAUUUAUUUCUUUUCUGUUGUUAAUUUUUCAGGUUCACUGAUGACCUCAAUAUGCGACUUAGCUAAAGUCUCUUUUCGAUGUGAUUAAUAAAGUCAACUUAAACGAAAUCGAGUCACCAUUGAACCUUGAUAGUUUUGAUUUGCCCACAACGCUUUCGGCCGCCAUUUUGUGUAGGAUUGUUAUAAACAAGAUGGCGGCUGCGCGGCGAGGGCGCGAGGAGACGCCGCCGCCGCCAUGAUUCCGUCCAGCAACCGUAGAUAGCGCGUAAGAGACGUCCAGUGGCUGAGGACACGGCUACGUCACCUUUUGCGGGACUACUCGAUACAUAUCAUCGUGUAAUAUUAAUGUGUAAUUAGAGUAAAGAGCGGUUUCAUAGAGACGUUUAUUCUGUAUCUUGUCUACUAUUUAUUACUUAUAAUGCAAUCGGCUACAUGUCACGCCAAAUUCAAAAUUUUACCAUAUUCAGUUGUCAAACGCUUGCGAUUUCAGUUCUAUACCUGUUUAUAUAAUAUAUAUCUCUUCAGUCUCGCGGAAUAAAUUAUUUGAAAUAGAAGAACUAAAUGAUUAUUCUUAAAAGGUUAUUUUGUAAACGUUUACUGUGAAAUCGAAAAGAUGGUAUUCGGAUCAUCGUUAUUAGGAAGACGCGAGGUCGACAGCGUGACAUUGGCCCGCAUGUGAUAGGGUAGAGUAGGGGUGGUAGCAGCGCCUUGCAACUUAGGUUAAGUGAAGCGGUAUCACACAAACGCCGUGCAUCGGAAACAUAUCAAUUCUGUGCCCCUAAUAAAUUUAGUUAAAUACUAAUAAUCUAAGAGAUACAUAUGAAUAGAAUAAAGCAACAAAAUAGAUGUUUUGAGUAUCAAAUACUGAGUGUUGUUUUCGUACGUUAAAGUAAUGUUGUCGACUAGAUUGUGUUUCGACGUGACUCACAGAAUAGUACCCGAGUAGUGGCGCGCAAGUUUCGAUUACUUUUGUUUUUACCGCUAUUAUAGAUUUUAAAUGUUAUUGUUAUUUUAUAAUAAUGAUUAUGGCUUAAUUACCAAAUUAAUUUUAACACUUGGCUUCAGUUUCAGUAUUAAUGUCCUUGUUUUAACGGUGGCAGGAGUAGGAUGCCACUGAACUUAUUUGUAUAUUGAGCAAAAUAAACAAUACAAACUAUAUAGCUAAGUAAUUAAUUGUUAGAUUUGUGUGACUUGAAUCAUUUAACUGCUUUUAGAGCAAAAUGGUAAGGUGUUAUUGUGGUUAAAGAAAAACAUAAUGACAUUGUAAAAAUAGUGAUAACUAUAGCUUAAUUAUAAUUAUUAUAACUUUUAUAGAUGUUCAUUGAUUUCUUUUCUUACUUCAUGGAGUAUUGUGGCAUUGGAGACGUCAUUGUUAAUUCAAAUAAAUUUGAGCUCAUCCUCAA